GUUUACCAAACAAGAUAAAAGGAAGGCCAACUUGGUAAAUGGUGAAUCAAAAUUUCAACAUUUUAUUAAUCCGAUGGGAGAGAUUGCAGAAUACUCGUGCUCUCAAGAGAUUUGGACACUCCAGAUUAUGUUAAGGUUGAUCCACCAUGUCCGAGGGCGCCCUUUCGGCAACAUCAAAGACUGAUCUCCACCAAAGUAAUUCGAGCACUAAUUCUUUUCUCAAAUCCUUCAUAAAGAGAAAAGGACAAUAAAACCACACAACUUGUUGUCUCAAUCAGAAAUUGCUCUUACCGCUGCUAACCUUCCAAAUCAAUCUCCGGUUCGUGCUAAACAAUUUUCAAUUCUUUCUUGAGACAGCAAAGAUACUGGGUAAAAGUUGUUAUUUGAAGAACUUAAAGAGCUGUAUUUUUUUCAUUUUCGAGCAACCAUAUCCUUCCCUUAAUGGUUCAAUCAAACCAGAGCGUGAACCAUUUUGAUUCAUCUGAAAUUGCACGUGGUCAAUUGAAAAACAGCACUAAGAGCUUUCAUCCAAGAGUGUCGUCAUAUAUCACAUUCCAGACGAAUAGCAACACACCUCCGAAUCUUAAUCCUGAGAAUUCAGAGCUUGAAAUGACCAAGUACCAAAAUUUACCACUUGGGCUUUUCAGUAAGGUUAAUGCGGGUCUUCCACCAAAACUAAACAAUUUUCAAGAAGAGGUGUUAGAUUUAAGCAGUGACUUUAAUUCACAACAGAAUAUCAGAGACGGACUGCUUUCCUCUCUGGCACUUUAUACCGGAUCAGCAAAUAAAGAGUCAACAUCCUUCUCAACCUCCUCAACUUCUACACAGCAAAAUAAAAUCAAAGGUUCUUUCGAAAAGCGAAGAAUAGAGGUUGCCAAUACAGAGCACACAAACAUGCCUGAUUGUGAAGAUCCCCGAACUACCAUAGAUUCAUUGGGGCAUGCCUCAGAAGCACCGGCGAACAAAGUCAAGUUGAAGUCGUCGCACAAUGUCAUAGAGCAAAGAUACAGAAACAAAAUUAACGAUAAGUUUACAGCCCUUCAACAUUCUGUUCCUACACUUCGUGCAGCUGUUGAAAAAAAGGAUAAACUGAAAGUUGAUGAAGGAAUCAAAGGAAGCGAACUGGAGGAAGUAUCGGACCUGAGUGAUAGUUCCACCAGCCUAGAGGGUUUACAACCUGCCACGAAGCUAAACAAGGGGACAAUUUUAGCUAAAACAGUCGAGUACAUCAAAUUUCUCGAGGGAAAAAACAAGAGCUUAACAAUGGAAUACGAGCAAAUACUCACGAGGGCAAGAAUGCUCGGGCUACGAUACGACGAAAACUCAGACUACAUAGAGAAAGAAGGUUAGCCACAAGAGUAGGAAGUUGGGUUCUGAGACGACGAAUGAUCGAGAUCCCAACGUCAUUGUUGCUUUUUAGUCUUAUGAAGCAGUAAACCUCCAAAAGGUAAUACACAGGGCGGGCAUCUGGCGCAUUCUUGGAAAACAAGUGAAAACAAAGAAUCGCGAAACCUUUCAAUAUUAAUAGAUGGCCCCUUUUUCGUGUAAUGAUGCGUCGAAUAAAAGAUUAGUUAGAUAAUUCACAAAAAUAGUCCAUAGCACCAUCAGGAUUCAUAUCAUGUAGUGCCAAUGUGGGCGUAAAAUACACGAAGUCUCCAGU